GUUUGUGACUGGCUCAUCUUGGGGAAGGCUCUCUACCAGUUCAGUAUCCCAGGGUUUUGGCCCUAGCUAAACCUGUCCAGUGCCCUAGAAAGAGCUCCAGAGACCCAAGUUCAAUUCAAUUUAAUUUAGUUGAUUGAUUGAAUUGAAUUCAACUCCUUCUUAUUAAAUGGAAUAGAAUUCAGUUGGUGAAUUGAGUUCAUUUGAAUGGAAUGGAAUUCAUAUGAAUUGAAUGGCAUUCAUUUGAAUUGAGUGGAAUUCAAUUCAAAAAGCAGUUAUUGAAGACUGUAUAGGUGCUACUUAGUGCCUAGACCUUUCUAGGAGUCUGGAAGACCUAGGUUCUAUACCUGCAGACUGUGCAAUGGCACAGAAGUCAUUUAACUUCUUCACGCCUCUCUGAGUAUCAAAGUUGUAAAGCAAUUGCUAAUAUACAUUGGUGAAACAAACUUCUUUUGAAGAAUCAUGGAAUGGCAGAUAGAGGGCCAGCCCUUGAAGUGGUCAAUUCUGCCUCAGAUACUUACAAAUUAAGCAAGUGACACUGGGAAGUCAAAGUCACUGUGCCUUAGUUUCUAACCUCUAUAAAAUUGGUGGAGGUGUAGAAGAUAGGCAGUAGACUCUUUGUCCCUCAAGGUCUCUUCCAGGUCUAUAGUCCUACAAUUUGUCAAUCCUGGAAAUUUAUCAAAGAGAAAACAGUUUCCACAGCAGAGAGAGAGAAUUCAAAUCAAUUGUGCCAGAACCCAGGUGUUACCGAAGAAAAUGGGUGCAGCAAUGGAGCUGGAUCUUGACAAGGAAUAUGAUUUAGAUCAAGAACUCUCUUUGGAUCCUGAGGAAUUAGAUGGCAAAAAUCCUCUCCUUCCAACUAUUCUUUCAGGAAAUAUAGAGCAAUUGGAGAGGAUUUUUGAAGAUCCAGAAGAACCCCUUCACUCACGGGCCAUGAGUCUAAUCAUGAAAGAAGAUGUCAUUGGCAGGAACUUGUUGUUUACAGCAUGCAUAGCUGGGCAAAGUAAUGUGAUUAAAACAUUGGCAAAAUAUGGUGUGAACCUGAAUGAAAAAACAACUAGAGGUUAUACUCUCUUACACAUUGCUGCAGCCUGGGGCCGUCUAGACACUGUGAAAAUGCUAGUUGAACAGGAAGUUGAACUUGAUGUACUGAACUUUCUUAAUGAAACACCCCGAGAUAUUGCUUUACGGUUCUCUCAGAUGGAGUGUGUUUGUUAUCUGGACGUUGCAGCUGCUCGUCUGGCUUUGAAAAAGGCCAUUGCAAAGGUCCAGGGAAUCAUUUUAGAUCCAGAAAAGGGACCAGGAAAGUUGAACAGGGAAGACAAGAACUUACUCAACAGUACCUGUCGUUCCAAAUUGGAGUGGCUUGACCUCCAUCCAACUCCAACUGUAGAAGAACUUGAGGAGCAAAAGCAGCAACUGGAAGACAUUGUGAAUCCUAUUUUUGUGAAAAUAUCCACAUCACGUCCAGCGAAAAGCACCAAAUGAUUCUGCCUUCUCAUGGAUAUAUGUAUUUAUAUAUGCACAUUCAUAAAUACAUUUUCAAAGCGUUUUCUCUUAAGAUUCCAAAAGAAGACCUUCAAGUCCUAAUGGAAGUUAAGACUGUAGUGUUAUUUUUUAAAUGUGAAGUACAAUUCUAGCUCCUUUCUUAUAUCCUGGUAGUAUGUUGAUAGUACAGACUUCUUGGGUUUGCAUCCAUAUCAAAUCAAUACAGCCACAUCAGGUUUUUUAUUCUCCAGUAGCAGAGAUCUUGUAUUUAAAUGUUUCCAAGGCCACUUGCCCUCAAGAGAAAGGGGAAAGUCUCAAUUGGAAGCAUCAGACAUGAAGUAAGCAGCAAAAUCUGAAUGCAGUUAUUAGGUCAUUGGCCAUUUUCCUUUGUGUCUAUCUGCUUUCCCUAACACGAAUGUUGUCAAAUGAGACAAGUAGUGUUUCCAAGACUUCACUCCUAGGAACACAUAAAACAAGAUUUCCAGAUUUCAACUAUCCACUCCAGUCAAGAGUCACCACAGGGAACAACAGAGCAUUUAUACAUAAGGGCACGAUCCAGGGGCUGUAAAGAUAGUGCUUCUCACGUUGACCCACUUGCCUCAAUAAUCCCCUCCAAUAUUCCCUUAUACCUGCAAAGCCAUGAAGUUCAGCAAGAUGCCUGGAGUAAACCCCUAAGACGAUAGCAACCCCACAUUAAGUCCAGGUAAAUCCUUGGAGAAAAAAUGUCCUAGUUGCAGGGAUUGUAGGAGUACCUGGAGGAAAUGAAAUAAGUACAGAAUGAAAGGAAAAUCGACACCUUAGAACAGACAGUAGAAAGCUUCAUAAGAGAACUGAUUGUCCUAAAAGUAUUAUGAAAAUAAAGAAUUGGGGGAUUUUUAUAACCUGAUGAUGAAUGAAGUUUGCAGAUCCAGAAUAAUUAUUACAGCUUUCAAAGUUUUGGGGGUUUUUUUUGGCAGUAUAGUCAUUGUAGGAAGAACUAUCAUUAAUACAGUGACCAUUAAUGAUUCCCAAGGGCCAAUGAUGAAAACAUGCUAUCCAUUACAGAAAGCUGGUGGAUUUGGGAAUCAUAAUGAGACAUUUUUACAUGCAGCCAUCCAUCGAGGGAGUUUAUUUACUUGACUAUACAGAUUUAUUGCAAUACUUUUUCGACCCCUUUUCAAUGAGGUGGGGAGGGGAUGCCAGAAAAAAUAAAUUUCUCUUAACUAAAAAAAUUGAGUUGCUAUAGAAGUCAAAUGUGUGAACUUUUAGAUAAGGUCAUUGUCAUUAGUUUUCCUUAACUUUUUUUUUUAACCUUCAAAAAGGCACAAAAAGGAUAUAGAACUAGGACAGUGGUAGAGUAAGCUAGUUCUCAGCAUUUACUCCCAAUCUUAGCACUUCAAUCAGAAUCUGGCAUCAAAAGAUGAGAAACAUCUCCCUGCAGCAUAAUGCCCACUGAAACAACAGUAGGGUACUAAAGGAAGAACUCACUCCCUUACCUCUGCACUAACACAACCUUUUUCAUCAUCUAGAUAUCCAUUUCAAGGUCUGACUUUGGUGGCUUCUGCCAGUCCUUUCUCACAGCCCGGUCUGAUCCCCCUACAGCUACCCCUUAAUGAGAUGAGGGGCACUGUCCUUGCCUCCCUCCAUAACGAGAGUGAAGAAACAGCUAUGUGUAUGAGAUGAAACUUAGCAAUGCAGAGAUCAUCUGUGGCAAGAGAAGAGAAGGAUACCAAUUCAGAUCUAGUCACCCCAUACCCUAAUGCAAGGUGAUCUCUGAAAUCACCUAGGCUUAAUAGCGUGGACAGGAUAAAUGUUGAAUAGUUGACUGGAGGCAGGGCUAAAUUUGUGGAUCCUUAACAUGAAGAUCUUUCUGAUGCAAUCAGAAAAAGACAGGUGAUAAGAUGAUUGACAGAGAAAGUUGGGAAGGAAUAUAUGGGAAUGCUUAUAUUUGGGGAGUAUUUUAAAAGUUCAGAAUAAAAUAAAUUAAUUUUAAAAGAAAAAGAGGGACCUUUGAAACAAAAACAAAACUGAAAAAUAAUCCUCAGUGGAAAAGAAAGUAAGACAAGUUCUGUGGAGCCAUUAUAAAUAAUAAUUCAAAUGCCAAUUCCAGAAUGAUUCAAAAGGUCCAAAAGAAAAAAAGUUUAAAAUAGGAUACAAAUAAAUCCCUCUGCCCCCAUUGUCAGCAUCCUCCAUGUAGUAUUAACAGAAGCCACAAGAUAAAAUAUACAGUUUACAGUACUAUGCAGACAUAUCCUAAGGAGGCUAAAGACAAAAAGAAAGUCCUCAUACACCCACUUAUUCAUGUCAAUUUUUAUGAUGGUAUAAAUCUAGCAACAAAUAUAAAAUUCCUGAAAGACAUGAACUGAUGCAUAGCAAAAUAAAACCCUAAGAACAAUAUACUAUCCAAGUUAUUUUGACUCAAUGUCCCAUUGUUCCUAGUCCUACUUGUCAAUCUGUGUUGGGGAAGGCUCUGUUGGAGAAAACCAACACCAAGACUACAGCUUUUUGUAUUACCUGCAAAUUAUCAUGUACUUGCUGUCUUCGAGAGGAACCAGGAUAUAAGAACCCAACUAAACCCUUUACUGAUGGGAACUAGCCCAAUUUGUCUUUAUCUCAUUAUGAAAGUUAUUGAUAAAAGCUAGCUCAUGUUGAAGCCAUUUCUUGAUCUCCAGGGAUCCGCUAGUCCAUGUGUUACAACUUAAAAUAAAUCAAUUCCUUAAA